GUGAACUGUCAUUGUAUAUUUUGUGAUUUAAUCACAUUUCGAUCAUGGCGGAUGUGAGAGAUAUUUUAGACAUCGAAAGGGCGCAGGGUACUGAGGUUACCAAGGAAGCAAUUGUAGGUGCUGAUAAAAAGAAAAAACUGUUUGGUGCUACAAAAUCUGCACCUAAACGACCAGAAGGAAUGGCCCGUGAAGUUUACGCAUUAUUAUACAAUGACAAAAAUGAUGCUCCGCCCUUGUUUCCCACUGAUGCAGGACAGGGUUACAAAAAUAUGAAGGCCAACCUUGGGAUGAAAAAAGUACGUCCUUGGAAAUGGAUGCCCUUUACCAAUCCUGCUCGUACAGAUAAUGCUGUUUUUCAUCAUUGGAGGAGAGUUUGUGAUGAAGCAAAAGAAUAUCCUUUUGCCCGCUUCAAUAAGAAAGUCCAAAUUCCAGUCUAUACAGAUGCUGAAUACAAUCUUCAUCUCCAACAUGAUAAUUGGACCAAUGCAGAAACCGAUCAUCUCUUUGACUUAGCCCGUCGAUUUGAUUUGAGGUUUGUUGUUAUGGCUGACAGAUGGGACCGUUCAAAGUUUGAUCCAAGAUCAAUUGAAGAUUUGAAGGAAAGAUAUUAUUCUAUUGUCACUACUCUCUCCAAGCUCAAAACUGGACCAGGGUUUCCUCCAGAAGCCAAAAAUUACCACUUUGAUGCCGAACAUGAAAGGAGGAGAAAAGAACAGCUUGAAAGGCUUUAUAGCCGAACUAAGGAACAGGUUGAAGAAGAAAUGAUGCUCCAGAAUGAAUUACGGAAAAUAGAAGCGAGGAAAAAAGAAAGAGACAGAAAAACACAGGAUCUUCAAAAACUGAUAUCUGCUGCUGACAGCCAAUCAGAACCGAAAAAAACUGAAAGAAAAUUUACUAGGAAAAAAUUGCCUCCUCAGACCAGGCCAAAAGUGGAUAAUUUGUCUGGAGAGCUUUCUGGUAUCAAGUUCCCUGACAUGAAAGGUAGUGGUGUAACUUUAAGAUCCCAGCGAAUGAAAUUACCUGCUAACAUAGGCCAAAAGAAAACUAAAGCUAUUGAACAAUUGUUGAAUGAGUUCAAUAUUGAUAAUAAUCCGGUUCCAACUGAAGAAAUUUGCCAACACUUCAAUGAAUUAAGAAGUGAUCUUUUGUUACUUCAUGAGCUGAAAAUAGCCAUGUCUAAUUGUGAAUUUGAACUGCAAUCUCUGCGUCAUCAAUAUGAAGCAGCUGAUCCUGGAAAGACAUUAGUAAUUCCGAAGGGUUUAUUUAAUGAGUCAUCGUCCACUCCUGUUAUUACAACUGCUAGUACAGUGAAUCAAAAAACUGAUGCUGAUGUUGCUGGCCCAUCAACUUCGCAGCAGUGUUCUUCUACAAUGUUGUAGAUCUUGAUCUAUUAAAAUGUUUAAUAUAAAUUAGGAAUAUCCAAAAAAUAAACCAAGUUUUUGCCAAAGUUUUCUUAAAUUAUGGCUUUUGAUGUUACAUGAACCUAGAUUAGAAAAAUGGAAAUAUUUCUCCCAGAAUAUUUUUUAAACAUUUGUUUAGCAACCAGUUUCAUUUUCCAGAUCUUCAUCAGGUUAACUCUGAUAUGAAAGCUACCUUGUUGCCUUCUUUCCUGCUUGUCAAUCGAGAACUGUUGAGUGAUUAUACAGGAUGUCCCGUAAGUAGAGGGAAAUAUUUAAAAUGUUGAUAGUAGCCAUAAAGCUCUAAUAAAAAAUUUUAUAUAAACAAUUGCCCAAUUUCCUGUAGAAAAGUAGAAAAUUUAAGAUUUGUGAUCUUUUAAGCAAGUCAGGUUUUUUAUUGAAUAGGAAGCGAUAACAUAUAAAAUAUUUGAUUUAAGUAACUAAUCAAUACUCCAUAGUAUACUAGACAAAAUUUACUUUAAAAGGAAGUAGAGAUUGUCAUUGUUAAAACUAUUUAAAGAGGAUUAUUGGACAGUCAAAGCUAAGUUCCAUUUUAAAAAAGUCAUAAAUUAUUUGUAAUUUUUUUUUGUCACCCUUUAACUGUUUUACAUUUACCCCACUUUUACAAAAACUUCUUUGUUUAAUAA